AUGGGAUCCCAGCAAAAACUAAAUAACCGGAAACUCUCCAAGAUCCACUCACGUGCUCAUGCAAGGACUUUGAACGAGGCCAAACGAAAGGGUCGUCACUCUGGUUCUGGUAAGAGAAAGGGCACAAGAGAGGCGAGGCAACCGACCAAGUUUCUCUGGAUGAAUAGAAUGAGGGUGUUGAGGCGUUUCCUUCUCAACUACCGUGAGAAAAACAAGAUCGACAAGCACAUGUACCAUGAAAUGUACAUGAAAGUGAAGGGUGGGGUGUUUAAGAACAAGCGUGUGCUUAUGGAGAGCAUCCACAAGUACACGGUUGAGAAGGCGAGAGAGAAGACACUCUCUGACCAGUUUGAGACCAAGCGUGUUAAGAACAAGGCUAGCAGGGAGAGAAAGUUGGCGAGAAGGGAGAAACGUUUAGCUAGAGGAGCCGGAGGUGGAGAGAUAGCUGUUGUGUCUUAA